AUGCCCCACGCCGAGUCAGACACGAUGGGUCAACCAAUGGUCAAUGGAGAGAAGGCUCAUUCUCAAUUCCUCGAGCAUCUGACAUCCUACCCCGUGGUCUCGGAUUCCAUCUCCCUCGUCAAGAGUAACGCGUACGCUGCCAAGUCACUGCAGCUCAGCGACCAGGCGUAUGCGCGCUUUGCCAAGCCGGUCCUGCCCUACUUCUCCACGCCCUACAGCUACCUCGCUCCUUAUCUCGCUCGUGCCGACGCCAUUGGCGAGAAAGGCUUGAGUGAGAUUGACUCGCGCUUCCCCAUCAUCCGCGAAGAUACCCAGAAGAUCCGAGGCACCCUCUACGACACAGCCGGACUCCCCAUCCGGGUCGCUGGUGAUGUCAAGCAGCAUCUAUUCCAGACCUAUGGCUCGGAAUACAAAAAGUGCGGUGGGGACGGCGUGGUUGCUUCCGGCAAGGCCGUGAUCACAACGAGUCUGGUGCUCUCCACCGAGUCGCUGACCUACCUGACGACUUGGUUCCAGAAGGCCAAGGAGGAGAGCAAGGACGUGAUCAACGAGAAGGCCAACAGUCACGGAGCUUGA